AUGGGCAGCAUAGUGAAGGCCCUAGGAGGGAUAUUUAAAGGUUUCAAGAAGCCGUGGGAGAUUACGGGUCUGACCAGCACAGUAGAUUACCUGGAGUACAUGCCCAGCGCGUCAGACUACCGCAAGCAUUCACCAGGGUCCCAGCCUGUGAGCGCCAUCGUGCCGCACGACAUCCCGGCGCUGGUGUACAACACGCGCUACUACGGCCGAGACUUCCGGCGCAACAACAAGUACACGGCACGCGUGGUGGACCGCACCCCCCUGGACGUUGACAAGCUGGUGGCCUCCAUGCCGCUGACGCCUGAGGACAUCAAGUUCUCGCCAGCGAGUGGCGGCGGCGGGGGUGCUAGUGGUGGCGGUGGUGGCCUCAACGACGGCGAUGAGCUGGAUGUGGCGGUGUUCCGCUUCACCCUCGGCAUACCCGGCUUUGACGACAGCCUCGUGCCGCGCGUCGUCGGCGGCGCCGCGGCGGCGCUGCUCGCCCUCAACCAUGUUCUCGGGGCCCAGCCCGUGCCGCCGGCGCAGGAGCGUGCGGAGUUCUUGUGUGCGCUGCUAGUGGCGCUGUGUGUGGUGACCCCCGAGAUAGAAGAGCGCCUCAAACAGGUGCUGCCCGGCCGCGGCCGCCAGCAGGCCGCCGAGGCCGUCGACGGCGCGGCGCGCGUGUUUGUGCUGGCGGAGCGCCUGCCAGAGGCGGACAAGCGGGAGCUGGCCUGGCUCACGUUUGCGCUGCUCAAGAACGCCAACUGCUGUGGCGUCGUGGUGGCCCUCGGCGGGGGCGAGGUGGUGGCGGCGCGCGGCGCGAUCGGCAGCGGUGCGGCCGGUGGCGCCAGCGGGAGCGGCGGCAGUGGCGGCGGCGAAGUGGUGCUUGAUGCGGCUGCGAAGGACCUGGCCCGCGGCGCAGCCGCCUCCGCAGACGUUGCGGCAGUGCUGCGGGGGCAGCGGCAGCAGCUCUGGCUCCCCGACCGCGCAGCCAUGGCGCGGGCCGGCGUGGACAGCUGGGCGGUGGUGCCGCGCGGGGCGCAGUCGCUGCUGCUGCAGCACGUGGCGGGCGGCGGGGCGCUGGUCGUGUUGGGCGACCGGCCGCGCGCUCUGCCAGGCAAGGACCGCAGCUGGGUGGCCGCGCUGGCGCGCAAGCUGUAG